AUGAGUUCACCACUGGUCAUAGAUGAAGAUCUUAUGGGAGACGAACCCAAACCUCUGGAUCACUAUAUACGGAAGGGACUGCAGCAAUUGCACCAAGAACAACUUCUUUGCGAUACAACCAUUGUCGUCAACAGCGAACGGUUCCCUUGCCACAGGAUGCUCCUAGCAGCCAUCAACCCCUACUUCCGAGCCAUGUUUUCCAACUCCUUCCGAGAAUCUCAGGACGGGGAGGUUCUGCUGCAAGACAUAGACCCCACCGUUGUCCAAGCUGUUGUCAAUUAUUACUACACAGAGGAGAUUGCCCUCACCCCGGAGACAGCCGAAGACCUGUUUGUAGCGGCCAGCAGGCUCCAGAUCCUCCCACUGCUAGAGAGUUGCUCCAGGUUCCUCUUGGACCACCUUUCCCCGGAGAACUGCCUCCGCCUCUACGAACUGGGUUAUGCGCACAAUGACCCGGAUCUCUUCCAAGACUCCAAGAGCCUGGUCAACCUACACUUCCGGCGCCUCUCCCAGGAGGACAAGAGCUUCCUCAACUUGAACCCCAGCACCUUGACCAGCAUCCUUUCCUCUGACAGCUUGACCAUCGCUUCCGAGCUGCCCGUCUACCAAGCGGUGCGGCGCUGGGUGACGGCCCAGAACGCCGUCCGCUUCCCUUUGCUCGGGCAGCUGAUGACCUCCGUCCGCCUCCCGCUCCUGACCCCGGAGGAGCUGAGGGAGGUCCAGGUCGAGUUGGGCGGCUGCCGGGAGCUCCGCUUGCGGUGGCGCCGCCUCAAUCGACAAGAGAGGUUCCAGCAAAGCCGGGGAUUGAGGCGAGGGAUGUACUCCACCUGCAUCGUGUGCGUGGACCUUUACAACAUGGACGGCCCUGACUUAAAGACCAAGGAUUUCCAAGUGGGCUGUUACGACCCACAAAUGGAGACGUGGGAGAAGCUCCCCUUGCUGAAAUGCCUGUACUGUGCCCGAUGCGUGGCCCUGGGCGACAAGUUGUACGUCACCGGAGGUGUCCACACGGAUGACACGUAUUCUGAUACCUUCCACGAAUACAGCCCACUGCGGGGCCGCUGGACUCAGCUCCCUGCCAUGUCCGUGGCCCGAGCAUCUCACGGUUUCCUGGCCUGCAACCAGAAGCUCUAUGCUAUAGGAGGCUGGCGUAAAUAUGAAGAAUACCUCGACACGGCCGAGUGUUUCGACUUGGAGACGAGGUCCUGGUCUCCCAUUGCCCGGUUGCCUUUCGCCCUCAGCCAUUUUGCCUCCGCCGUACUGAAGAACAAGCUCUACCUCAUCGGCGGGGUCACGAAUUCGGUCGGUUCCUGGUUCGCGUCCCGGAAGGUCCUCAUCUACGAAGUUGGCUUAGACUUGUGGGUCCAAGUCUUCCUGGAGAACGAAUGCUACUGGUCUGGUGCCGUGGCCAUGAGCAACGGGAUCUACGUCAUCGGCGGCUAUUACCGGAGCCGGUCCCGGCAUCACAGCGAGCGGUGGCCCGAUUCUGGGAACAUCCAUUGCACCCGGAAGUGCUUCUUCCUGGGCAAAGAUGGCAAGGUGGACAGAAGCGUGCCCAUCCCCAGGCUGCCGUUCGAGCUGGCGGGAGCAGCCGUGGUGCGCUGGAAGCACCGCAUCUAUGUGCUCGGUGGAGAAAACACCUAUUUAUAUAAUAACAUAGAAGGAGAAAACUACGAGGAAUAUUACAACACUAUUUUGUACUGGGAACCGGGAACCCCCAAGUGGAUUCAAUGUCAGGAAAGGCUUCCGUUCACCAGCUGGGGGCUCAGCGGCUUUGGCUGUACCACCAUGAAGAUGCCCAAAAAACCCAUCCUGGAUCUCUUCCGAAAGACUUCCGUUGCCCUGACCGCCGUCGAAAUGGUGAACUCCUCCUAG